AUGGCAACUAACAAUUGGGUGGAAAAUGAUCUCGAACGUGUCAUUCAAAGCUUUAAUCCAGCAAAUUUUUUCGGACUUCCAUCUUAUCUAUUUGAUAAGAAAGGUGAUCUUCGAUAUUGUAAUGAAGAACCAAUAAAAUUGAUUCGUGGUAAAUGGGACUAUUACACUCCAUUUCGUGGUUGGAUACGCUAUGGUUUGAAUAUCGACAAAUUUGGCUCUAGUGGUGCACAUUGGCUUGCCUGUGAUGGUGCUGCUGGUGAAUGGGCAGUUGGCUUUCAUGGAAUUCGACGUGAUGUUUUAGAAGUAAUGAAAUCAAUAGCCUUUGAGGGUUUCAAAGUUUUUCAAGGCAGUCAUAGUGAAUGGGGUACAACCUCAGUCGAUAUAGGACAGAAUGCAUCUAUAUUUAAUCAAAAAACAUGUGGAAAAGGUGUAUUUUUAACACCCAAGAUCAAACAUUUGACAGAAAAUAUUGAACAUUGUCGAUUAACAAAACCAAUUCAGUAUAAUAAAUCUUACUAUGUCGAAACUGCUUUACAAUGUCGAAUUCAUCCUAAAAAAAUUCGAGUACCAGAAUGUUCAAAGAACGAAUAUUACGUGGUGAACGAUCCAACAUAUGUGCGUCCCUAUGGAAUUCUUAUUCAUUUUUUAACUGAAGUCCAAGCGAAAAGUAUUUUAGACGAUAACAAUUUUAAUUUAGCACCAGCUAUUCCAUUUGUCAAAUAG